UGCACUUGCUUACGUAAAGAGAACGCAUUCAUCAGCACCUCUCCUCUUAACUCUUCACUCUGUACCUCUUUAAGCGUAACCUUCACAAACUUUUCUUUUUAUUUCUCAUUGUUCUAAAAAGAACUCGUCGAUCACAAAAUGCCGGGAAAUUAUCACAGCCGGGGAUCCAACGUUGCAGUCAUCAUCUUCACGGUGACGAUCACGUUGUUGACUUGUCCAAUAAUCAUCAACGCUUCAUCAGAUUCUUCUUCAGCCAACAUGAGGAAGCUCGACGAGGUAGAUCCCAUAAAGUGUUCUCCAAGCUGCGUCGAAAAUCCUCCUCCGCCCUCUCCUCCACCACCGUCUCCACCGCCUCCCGCAUGUCCUCCUCCCCCGGCUCUUCCUCCACCGCCGAAGAAAGUCUCACCGAACUGUCCACCGCCUCCGCCGGCUAAUUUCUUGUACAUAACGGGUCCGCCGGGAAAUCUCUAUCCCGUUGAUGAGCAGUUUGGUGCCGCCGCAGGAAAAAGCUUUACGGUGGUGAAGCUCGCCGGUCUAAUAGGGUUCGGAGUUCUGGGGUUGUUGAUUCUUUGAGACAUGAUCGGGGAAACGAGAAAUCGAAGAUUUGUUUGUAUGUUCGUUCGGAUACUUGUGAUCACUUUAUUGAAGAACGUUACUAUCUUUGGUUAAUAAUAAAAUUUCUAGCUAGGAUCAUAUCUGUUUCAUCAUAUUUUCGUGUAUCCAAUUUUCUAAUGGGGGUUUAAACACACUAAUAAGGUGCGUAGACCAAAAAAUAUGUUAAGGGAAAUAUGUAAAUUUCUAGAAUGUAUUUUCUUUAUGUGAUAUGUUCUUUCACCUCUU